AUGCACCCGUGUCUUCAGGUCGCCGAGCUUACUGCUCAUAUCAUCUCGUUCAUCAGCCCGUCUACAGCUGCACUCACACAUCUCGCGCAAACAUGCAAAGCCUUUGAGGAACCUGCUUUGAAUGCGCUUUACUAUGAAGUUCACUCCUUUGGCAACUUUCUCAUGUGCCUCCCCCAGGACUUAUGGGAAAAAUCGGGGAGGAUGCUGAACUUCAGACGUGCCAUGCUUUUGGAUGAUUGGAAGGUCUUGCAGAAGCAUGCUCGCCGCGUUCGUGUGCUUCACUCUGGCGGGACCAUCGUCAAUGCAGACGCGUUCUCGGGGGUCUUUUUCUUCGCUUCAAGCGGUCUCUUCCCCAAUCUGAAGGUUGUGCAUAUCCCCGACGCCAAUUACGCGUCAUUGUUCAGCUCUUUGCCUCUGAUAUGUGGCCCUCGUGUAGUUGACGUCCGCGUCAGCAACAUCCCCCCCAAUCUAGUGCAUGGGCUGACUUCGCUGGGGUGCCAUUGUACAUCUCUCAGCUCGCUAUUCUUCUCUAUGGAGUACCAAUUUCGAGAAGAGGUCAACGAGAAGAUGUAUGGAGAUCUAGUCACGGUACUGUCGGAUGCCGUCGCAGUUUUCGUCCGCCUCGAAAACCUGCAUAUCCUCUUACCCACCUUCCGCAUUCUUCCGAGACUCCUCUCCCCUAUAACCCGACUCCCCUCUUUGAAGUCUUUGGUAUUGGAUCUCGAUAAAGUCCAGGACGAGUCUUUCCCAAUACAGGACACAUCGCUCCCCCGGUUAGAAAGCGUCGAAAUCAUAAAUGGCUUACCUGACCAGGUGUCAGACAUCGUGUCCGGAUUAACUGAUCUGUCCCAGGUCCAACGCUUUCAUGCCAAUGUCUCAGAUGCAACCGACGUGACUAAAGAACUACUUGAUGUCCUAGCAGGGCGUCUUGCUAAGGAUGCGGUCCGCUCCAUCCGCCUUGACCAGUCCGAAAGCGACGCCGAAAAGGACGGUAAUCCCGACCAGAUGGUCCUGGAAUUCGACACACUUCCCCCUCUCUUCAGAUUCUCACAGCUCACAGAGCUCGUCUUAGAUCUCAUCACCGGACCGACAGUUGACGACAACGGUCUGGACGAGCUGUCCCUGGCGUUUCCAAAAUUACGUCGUCUUCGGCUAGGCAUGCUCCUGGGCAUGUGUCCGGUCAACAGCGUCACGCUCAAGGGCUUUGCUUUGCUCCUUCGCAACUGCCCGGUGCUGGAUCAGCUGUCUCUGGUCGUAGACGUUACACCCGACUCUAAUGCCUGGUUUGACGAAGCACCCAUCGCCGCCUGGAACACGCACCUCACGGUCUUACAGGUGAUGGACAGCCCCAUCGACGAUGCUGUUUAUGCUGUCCGUCAUCUCCUUCGUAUGCUGCCUUAUCUGCGCCAGGUCAUAUCAGGCUGCCCUUGCGUAACUGGUGUAUUUGAGGGAAAUCCAUUUGGGUCGGAUGAGGAUGAGGAAGAUGUCCACGCGGACGGAGAACGUAGGCAAUAUUCCAAGUUUGUGGAGGACGAUGAGGAAAGUGUGGACGAAGCUUACAGCCAGGCUUUACGAUUGGGACGAUGGGCAGAGGUCAACAGGCUGCUGGAAGAGCACGCGGCAAAAACAAAUCCGUACUCGGCAUCGUCGUAGUCGUGAUGCUGUUUGUGUACUAUGCUUAUCAAUGUCGGAUGGCCCCUCACCUAUGCGAGAUAGUAAUCGCUUGAUUAUGACCAAAG